CUUAGGUAUGUAGGGAGAUACCUAGGUAGCACUAACAUCCAUGCCGAACUACCAACAUGCCGAGCUACCACAGUGCCCCAAGUCACAGCCAUCUAGGCCACCCAAGCCAGGCAGCUGCCCGCCUGUUUAAGGCCUGAAGAAAAGCGGCGUCAAAAUUCCCGAUUCGCCUCAUCCAUUUGGUAUCCCACCUUCCCAGUGCUUCCAUCGCCAUUCCCUCAAGUCCCCCCUACGGUUCUCCAUCCACCCCGCUUAUCUGCAGGGUGUGCAUAGACCUAUCGCUGUUCACUGCUCAGCGCCAUCCCCAGUCAACGCCCUGAAUCCGGAUCUCCAACUUUAGGGAUUCUACCUCGCAUCGGCGACUGGCAGAGCUCUACAUCAACCAUGGCUCUGUGUCAGAACCGUCUUCAGGAGGAGCGCAAGCAAUGGCGGAAGGAUCAUCCUUUCGGCUUCUAUGCGAAACCCCAGCGCACCCCUCAAGGGGUCCUCGAUCUCAAGAUAUGGGAGUGUGGUAUUCCGGGCAAAGAUAAGACAAUCUGGGCAGGUGGACUGUUCAAGAUGACGAUGACUUUCCCUGACGAAUAUCCCACGAAGCCCCCCAAGUGCAAAUUUGUCCCCCCGCUCUUCCAUCCGAACGUCUACCCUUCGGGGACCGUGUGUCUAUCCAUUCUCAACGAAGAGGAGGCCUGGAAGCCGGCUAUUACCAUCAAGCAAAUCCUGCUCGGCGUACAGGACCUACUCAACGACCCAAACCCCGAGUCGCCGGCGCAGGCCGAGGCAUACAACCUCUUCAAGAAAGACCGGGCCGAGUACGAAAAGCGCAUCAAGCGCGUUGUGCGCGAGAAUCCUGCACCAUAGAGGGCAUUGCCGUCGGGGAGUUUGAAGUGAAGGGCGGUUUGGCACACUAGGCAUUGACGAUCUGGUUAUGAAGGCACUGGAGUUCAUGGAAUACCAAAGACGGUUCUUGCUUUAUUCGGAGUUAAAUGGCCGGGGACGGCUCAUAGCUCGGCGUGCCAUGCGAGGAGCCAUACGAAAGGUCUGGUAAUGCUGCAAUCUACAGAAAGAUUUGCUUGGGAUCCAUCCUGGGUCCAUAAUCCUGGGUUCCCUAUUACCACCACUACCACCACGGAGGGCAGGCAGGACAACGUGAUCCGGUCUUGCCGCUUGCAUCGUUCCAUUCCAACCCCGCUGAGGAAAUUAUAGAAGG